AUGCCGCAGUACAGCAGUUGUUGGACUAGUGUACAUGUGCUGGCGUCUUAUCGCAGGGGCGAGUCAUGCGUCAGCUUGCGAGCAGAGGUCGACUCCGGGCAGAAAAGCAGUUUGCCGUCUCCUGUCACUGCUUUCAUUUGGACCUUUGCCGCACCUCUCGGAAGUACGGUGCCACUGGCCAGCGCCGAUAAGAAGGGCCUUCAAGUGGGUGGCGAGCUUUCCGGUGGUCUGCAAGUGGGGUCCCAGCAGCAGAACCAGCAGCUCCUCCUGACUCCAGCCAGCCUCCAGCUUGCUCAACUCCAGGCCCAUCUCACCCUCCAUCGCCUCAAGCUGGCUCAGGGGAACAACACUGCCACCGCCGCCACUGUUCUCAAUCAGGUUCUUUCCAAUGUUGCGAUGUCCCAGCCCCUCUUCAAUCAACUGCGGAACCCCCAGGUUGGCUUCCCCACUGGGGUGCUUGGUUUUCCCACGUCUAAUUCAGCUUUAGGGGCAACGGGAUUCAACCAAAACGCAGGGAACGUGAGGCUGAACCAUCACGGUGGAGGGACCACAGUGGGACAACAGGGCGUGGAUUUUGGUAAAAAAUCUGGGCUUACAUACCCAUCAGAUAUUGACCGGCGUCUUCAGUACAACUUGGGAGGGGUGCCUGUAUCUUCAAGUCCUGCUGGUGAAACACAUUAUUCGUCCAUUAACACUAAACAACUGAACAAUGUUGCUUUCAAGCAAGAUUUCUAUCGACAGGAUAUGUCUGGCCAACAAGCUGGAUUUAGUCUCUGUGAUCAGAACAUGAACCUCUAUAAUUGUACCGGACAGAAGGAGCAAUGGAAAGGUCCGGCUAACUUGAGUCAAACUGCCAAUGCGGCGAUGAAUUCUGAUGUGGCCACCGUUUGGACCGCAGCCGGGCAGGCCAUGAGAUCCAGAAAGGAACUGUAUAACCCAGAGGAGCCGACCUCUGACCCCAAAUUCAAUCCCAAGAGUGGGAUUUCCUCUUUCGGGACAAGCGACAUUCAAGGCUAUAAGGGUUACCAAACCGUACAUGGCGCUGAGGACACGCUAUGUUCAGGUACCAGGACUCUUCAGGCUUACCAAGUCAAUGACUACCACGCUGUCACACCCACUCAACUGCCACACCAGUGCAGCAUCUGUGACAAGAAAGUUUAUAACCUCAAGGACUGGGACCAGCACGUUAAAGGAAAACUACACUUGCAGAACCGAAUGUUGUACAUCAACGAAGGUACGGCAGUGGUACCCGCCGGGGCUGCUCAUUACGCGCUUGGUAGGCCCUCCGAUGGAGCUCUUAACGCAGGGGAGACAAACUCGUUGAGCUACGCAGCUGCAGGUCAAGAUGUAUCCUUAGGAGUCAACGCCUCGUACUUGCCAGCUGCAGCCAUGAAGAAUUACCCUUUGCCAAACACGGGAUUCACGCCACUGCAGCCAGAGUCAAAGUCUUUUCCACCAAGGAAGUCAACCACCGGACGUGUCGUUCACAUCUGCAACCUCCCUGAAGGCAGUUGCACCGAGAAUGACGUCAUAAACCUGGGAAUUCCCUUUGGCAAAGUAACCAAUUACAUCCUGAUGCGCUCUACCCAUCAGGCCUUUCUGGAGAUGGCCUACAUCGAAGCAGCUCUGGCCAUGGUUCAAUACUAUCAACUGACACCAGCUACGAUAAACAACCAGAAACUUCUCAUUCGGAUGUCUAAACGGUACAAGGAGCUGCAGCUGAAGAAACCAGGUAAAGAUGUUCAGGCAAUCAUACAAGAUAUUGCUUCUCAGCGGGAAAGAGACGAAAUGCAAGAACUUCAACACUACAUGCCAGACAGAGCACGCUCCCGCAGCCCCAUCAGUCGCUCCUUGAGCCCUCACUCGCACAGUCCCAGUUUUACCUCAUGCAGCUCGGCCCACAGCCCCCAGGCAGCACCAUGCAGGGGUCACGAAAGAGGCAGCAAUGGUCUAGGCCAACGUCGAGGCUCUUGGGAUUGGUCAUCACACUUUAGACGAGCGGACGAUGAAAAGGAAAGGGAUGAAUCUCGAAGAAAUGGCAGCAGCGCCGAUAGCGACCGACCCAACGAAAGACCGUCUGAUCGCUGGAAAUCCUACGGGAAACCUUCCGAGUAUGUCAUCCCGCGGUCUGUGGAUGAGCGAGGAGGAGAUGAAGGGAUGAGAACAAACAGAGACUUCCCACGAGGGAGCCCUCAAGGCAAUGUCUUCAACUCCUACAGGAACAUGGAUGACAACUUCUACGUGAGGUCCGACAAGGUCACCAGAUCUCCAUACCAAAGACACCAAGAUACCAAGUCAAAGAGGAGGAAUGGUGGCGAUUACCACAGUAGGUCACGGCAUCCGGAGAACGAGAUGACUGAUGAAGUGCUUCACAGAACGUCAGAGGAAAAGAAGCAGGGUUCCCCUAACAGAGGGAGGAGUAGGAAGCCAAGCAGAAGGUGCGCCAGUGUGGAGAAACAUGGCAGCCCCACAGAACAUACUGAUGGUCCAUCUAAGGAACGUGCGUCACCUCAGAGCAGCAACAAGUCAAAAGAUGCUACUGAUUCUUCCAAAGUCAAGGAAAUUGAGAAGGCGUUGGAAAGUGAAGAAAACACUGAUGACGAGUCCUGGUAUCCCAAGCACAUCGAGGAAUUUCUCACAGUUGAUGAAGUAGGUGGAGAAGAUGACUCCAUUAUUGAGCCUGACCUUCCGGAGCUGGAAGAGGAUUUGACUACUUCUAAAGAAUCUGCAGAGGAACAAACACAAACAAUACAGGAGUCUGUACUGUUGCCUUCCCCGCCUUUGAAGGAGCAGAACACAUCUGUCGAGGAAUCGAUCAAGGAACAAACCUGUGAGGAUCCAGAAGUCCCGACAGAAACUCCUGAAGCUGAGAAAGCAGUUUUAGCUGACACCAAUGUAGACGAACAAGUACAGUGUAUGACGACUCCCGAGCCACCUACCACCAACCUGAGUGACUUUCCAAAUGAAGAGUUCAAGGUUGCACUGGAGGAGACCACCGCUGAGGACAAAAUCACAGACAGUGGGCCCUUAGAAGAACCAGUAAAGAACCAUAUUGAAAUAUCCGAGGAAGAAUGCAAGGUCCAGGAUGUAGUUCAGGUCACAGAGACCAGCUCUAAGGUGACACAACAUCAGGACAACAUUGUGAAAAAAGAGAUUGAAGCCCCCUUGUUGUCCAUUGAGCAAGACAAAGUUGCCAUUGAACACAUCAUCCCUUUGGGAGUGGAGUUUAUUGAGCCAAGGACCGGUUUCUUCUGUAAACUUUGUGAGCUAUUCUACACCAGUGAGGAGACUGCAAAGAUGAGUCAUUGCCGCAGCACGGUACACUACAGGAACCUGCAGAAAUACCUGUCACAGCUUGCACAAGAGAGUCUGAACCUGGGAUUUUCAACUACGCAGUGACAUCACUUGGACUUGUAUACCAAGCGACACAAGUGUAAUGUGUUUAAUGUACAAUACAUGCAACAAACUUGAGUCAAGUGGACACUCGUGCUGGAUUUAGGAUAUUGGUGGAAUAAAACUUGAAUAAUCAAUGUUACUGACAAUUUAAACAAAAAAAAUCAUUUGAAUUUUGUACAUAUUAGAGUAAGUGUAUUUAUUUGUAUUUUUUCUUAUUCUUGGACUGUUUGUGAACUGGAUUCUUGGACACAUGUUUAAUGUGUCACUAAUUCAACCGCUUUGAAGACUCUGAUUUCCAGUUUGGUCUGUGAAUUGUCCAAAUGACAAUAUUAGCUGUAGGGCUGAAUAGUUAUUUAAAAUGCCAAUGAAUGUUUUUUCCUCAGAUAAAACUGAGGCAGAUUCUCAGGGUCAUCGUAUUUGUUGGAAUAGAUUUCAGUUUCCUACUUACAAUUUCUUGAGUCUUUGUACUGCUUUAAUUGUUUUUGUUGGUUCUAUUCUUGUGUGCACUACUGUUGUGUCUCAGAUACAAGGUCACAUCCUUUGUAUGUCUAUGCAAACAAUUUCUUCCAUUUAUAAAUGUCACAUUAAAAUUUUGACAU